GAAAUCGUCCUAAGCCGUUUCACGCCGUCCAAACUAAUGGUGCUCGCGUCGCGGUAAUUAUGCUUGGGGAUUAAAAAGUAACGUUAAACGUAAAUUUACAAACCAAAUUUACUCCCCCUUAUGUUUAUGAUGAAAGCGUGCAGUCCUUUGUUCCCAGGUUAUUCUAUGACGUUUUUUUUUAACAGGAAACUGAAACCGUAAGCGUCCGCAAUUGUUGUUGUUCUUUGCAGACGGGGGAUCAAAGUUAAGAGAGAUCAAAACAAUCCAAACCGGCGACGUCGGAUAACAAUUUCAACGGAAACGGCGCCUUUAGAUCCAUUGCUAACGUUGAAUCGUCUCAAAUUCAAAGUUUUAGGGUUUUAUUCAACUUUUCUGCUUCUUCAGUAAAUUUCACGAUUCGUAGCCAUGACUGAGGACGAGUAGCUGUCAAGCUUGUGCAAUUUCCUUUGUGACCCAGUUUGCAGACUGCAUUAGGAGAAUCUUAGUCCCAAUUUCUUGAAAAAUUUUAACUUCUAAUUUAUAGUCUGUGGCAACAAGUAGGAUGACGCAGUAUUUUCUUGGAGUUCCUUGAUGGGUUUAUGACCAUCCCUUUUUUCUCCUGCUUCGUGUUAAGGAAUUGCCUGGUGUCAUUGGUUUCAAAUAAACGAAACAAUUUGAGUCCUUUGUUGGCAAGAAGUUGAUUGAUCACUGCCACAGUAGAUAGGAUUUAGAGUUGCAGAACGUUGGUGCUUUCUCCUCUAUUUGUAUUUGAAUGGUUUCUUUUUUCUUUUCUCUAUCUCGUUAUCAGUUGUUGGUCUUUGUCAGCAACUCUUUGUUACUCAUUUUAGCUCUUAAGGAAGUCUGGAUGUUGUUAAUGAAUGAUUCUAAAUGCGAAUGAUACUAAUACUGGGCCUUUUGCUUGUUUCUCCAGUUUUGGGUUAGUCAAGGUAACAAAUGGUGCGACUUCUGCAAAAUUUUCAUAUCCAGUAAUCCUGCCAGUAUAAGGAACCAUGAGCUCGGGCAGCGUCAUAAGGAUGCGGUUGCACAGCGGCUUAAUAAGAUGCGGGAAGAUAAAGUUGCCAAAGAUAAAGAGGAAAAGCAAGCUGCCCGAGCUCUUGAGCAAAUUGAGGCUAAAGCCAAGCGAAGCUAUCAAAAGGAUAUGGCCAGUUUCCAGCAGGCUAGAAAUUCCAAUUUAGAGGCACUGGUUUCUCAAGAAGACGGGGAAGGGGCUACCGGAGGAUUCUCUGGAGAGUGGGAGCUUGACAGCUCGACAGGCUAUUACUACAAUAAGAGUGGUGGGUGCUAUUAUGAUGCAAACUCCGGCUUCUACUAUACUGAAGCUUUAGGUAAAUGGGUGACACAGGAGGAGGCGCUAGCCUCUAUUCGACAAUCUUCAGGUUCAAUCCAGAAGAAACUUGUCCUGUCAAAACCAUCAUCAGCGGUGUUUGGAUCAUCAGCAUCAGGAGGUAAAAGUGUAGCAUCCUCGCAAAGUGCACCUGCACCUGGGCCUGUUGUUUCAGGAACACUAAAUCCUAUGCGAAAUGUCAAGGGUGCUCCUUCCAAACUUGCUGUCAACAAGAGAAAAAGGCAAAAUGACAAGCCAAAAGUUGUAUCUGCAGAAGAAGCAGCUGCGCUUAAAGCAAGGGAGGCUGCCAGGAAGAGAGUUGAAGAAAGGGAAAAAUCAUUACUUGGUCUGUAUAAGCACUAACGAUCAGUUGCAUUUGACUGUCCUGUCAAACAUAGCAGAAAUUUUGUCUUGCCAAAUGGCUUCUUCCAUUCUGAGGUCAGACGUGGUGCAAGGUUCAAUCCUAGUCAGUUUCCUGUGCUACAUCUCAUAUUCUUCAAUUCUUGUAAAUUUGUAAUACUGAAAUAGCACCCCUCCAGUCUUGCCUUGUUCGAUGCAACUCAAUUAAUCUGAGGUCUGCUGCUUUUGAAAAGAUUUUUGUAGUCAUGAACUUCCUUGAUGUGAGUGCAUGGGUCUUGGAGCAGGGAAUUUUCCUGUGACGUUAACUGAGAGUAUUGCCUAGCUGCCAUCGGAUGCAGGAUUCUGUGUAAAGAAUUGACUGGCUUUGGCAAGAUUAUGUAGACUAUUUGAUUGCCAUCAAGUUCCAGGUAGCAGAUUUAUGUGGUAAAUGCAGGUGGGAAAAUGUGAAAUGCCGUACGCACCUGCUCUUCGGGUUUUCAGUUGGGCUCAAUGUUUUUAGACUGUUUUUAUUGACAGUGAAAAAGUGAUGUCAACUCUGAAGUAUGUUUCUUGCACAUCCUAUUUGUUGCUAGAGGACUGUUGAAGAUUUGAGCAGUACUAAUCUGUGACCUAUCGGGUAGAAUGUAGAGCAGGCCAUUUGUGAAGCCAUAUAAGGUUAUAUUGGAAGUGAACUUUUGUACUGUUUGGCUCUAAUUCUUUUUCUCCAGAAGUAAUGUUUGAGGACUUUACAUUUGUCUAUCGUUUUGCACAAGAACAUUACUUCUGAUUUUGGAUCUGUUAGCCAUGUCUCAGUGUUUUUCCUCCCUUUUUGAAGUUAUGUAGACUUAACCUACUGCCUUCUACUGGAUGCAGUUUGGAAGAGUAUUACCUUGGUUAGAUUCUUAGUUCUUUUACUUGCCGCAGUGAUCAAUGGUGCUGUGGGACAUGAGAAUAGCUUUGAAUUGAUAUGGAGAAGGCAAAGUGUAGGUAGCUAGAAGUAUUGGAUAAUGCCAGACCAGGUUUAGCAAGUAUGGGCCUAGGCUGUGCAUUUGUGCGUACACAUUGGGUGGGUAGUUGCAGGCUUAAGUGGAAGAAAAGUUGGUUCAAGACCGGCAGUGAAAACUUCACUGUCAGUAUCUGGGACAGAAGCUGAGUUGAGGACCCAGAAGAAACUGGACAUAACAAAUUUUGAGGACAACAAUGUUUUAUACCUCCUCAGUGGGGUGAUUGAUGAUGAUGUUGUAGCCUCUUUUGGUUUCUGGCUUUGAGACGUGGACGACGACUUUGUCAACUCUCACUGGCUUGAAAGUUGAAACGACGACUUGGGGCUCUCUUGUAUGAUUCAUUGACUUGGUGAGGGGUUACUGGGUAGGCCCUUUUCUUGACUGGACCAGUCUACGAUUUCGGCCUAAAGUGGGUGAUGAGUAUUGAUUGUGUUACUCCUAUGUUUUAAAAUAAUUGUCCGAGUUAGAUUUUCAUUUGUUUAUGUAUAUUAAAGAUGAAAAUUUAAACUGGACAAUAAUUUCAGGACGAAUGGAGCAGUAUAGUUGGGGUGUCCCAAAUGUCAAUCUUGCUCUAGCACAAGUCGUAAAACUGACCAGUUUGUUUCUGCAUUCUACUAACACGUGCAAUCCUGG